CAAAUUCUAAAGUCCAAAUUGGGCUAGUCUUGUUAAAUUCAAAUGGGUCAUGCAAAGCCCAAACCCAUAAGGCCUAUCUAUCUAUUGAUUGAUUUUUCUCUUUCUAUAUUUAAACCGAACUCUUUUCAAUGGAAACCAGAAAUGGAAAUGGCCACCGUGUGUACGCCAACGCCGACGCACCACUUCAAGCACUCCACCCGUUUCAGCGCCACCACUAUCAAUACAAAUCCACCAUCUCCGUUGAUCGUUUCUCCGCUUCGUCACCGCCGUCCAUCGCUCAACCUCAGCACCAAUCCUAAUGCGCGCCUUAGCUGCUGCUUCUCCGCCAGUCCUAUCCCUCCCUCCCCGCAGGAUCCCAACCCGUCGCGCCCUCCAGGUCUUGCAGGAACUUUCUCUAGUUUCCAAAACCGUGUUCGGAUCUUCUUUGCUGUUCUUUUCUGGAUGUCUCUGUUUUUCUGGGCCUCAGCAUGGGAUGGAAGGAAUAAUAAUAGACCAAGAAAAGGAUCUCCAUUUAGAAGAUAAUCUAGUAAGCAUUUAUCCUGUAUAUAUGUGAGACUUUGGACACAGUAGUAUUGGAAAUAUAUGUUAAAAUUUAACUAUAGAUUGGAUGGUAAUGAUGGACUUACAUUUUCUUCUUUUCAUUUUCCGUCAUUUCAGCUGUGCUAGGAAAAGCAUUUUUUUUCUAAUAUUUCAGUGAAUAAAUUCAUUUCCAAGGAAAAAUAUGUUAUACCACUUUUUGGGAGGGGCACAUAUGUUAUACCACUUUUUGGGAGGGGCACAUAUGUUAUACCACUUUUUGAAGAGCCCCUCUAGUUGUAGACUAACUAAUCCGUGAAUGCUAAUUGUGACCAUAAUACAGUCAGUUAAUGUAUGGAUAAAAUUAUGAUUACUACAGUGAUCUCUUUAAAAUAUCAUUUUUGGAUUACUAGACCUUUGAGAUCAUGAUACAUGGCGUGUAAUCUUUAAUAGAAAGGUUAAAUUCAACUCCUCUUUGUAGAAAGAAAUUUUGAAUAUUCCGUGUUUUAUAGUGAUUUUGUACAUUGUAAAUUUGUAAUUGGUUACUUAAGAUAUUGUAGUGCAAGAGAUUAAACACCAAAGUGUGUUUUGUAAAUGUUACUCUGAGCAGGGUAGUGUUUUCACUUUGUCUUAAACUAGAUAUUGGCCUGUUAAAGAAUAAAAGCAAUAAUUAAUU